GGGUUCAUAGGUUAAUAGCUUAACCAUUAACAUAUUCAAGCAAAAAGAAAAAAACAAGCACGUUUUCACCUAAAUAAACCCACAAUAGUCAGUGUUAUUCAGCAGAGAAAUUUGCCAAUCAUUGUGCUAAAACGAGAAUGAGAAACUGGGGUAUCCCCCCAUCCAAUUACAUGAGACAACAAAAAUUGCAAACAAUAUCUUUCACCGACCAUACAAUUUCCGUCAACUUACCAUCAAGGUAAUCUUACUUGAUAAUGGCAUAGUUUAAGAAAAUUAGCAACCACAUACCAUAAUUACUCGAAAUUAUAAUUUGUAUUCAGUCACGGAAAGUUGUGCGCGGUAUAUUAUAAAAGUACCAUCACUUAGAUAAUAUUUCCGGUAAUUUUUCUGUGUAAACAUGUGCGAACCAACAUCCGAUUUAAACCUUUGGAUCGAGGAUUUUUUGAGGAAACGACGAUUUUCCAAAUAUGAGCUGGAACUAAUCGGCAACACCACCAAGGGAGAUGGAUAUUUGGGAGAAGUGGCUUUCGUAAAAGUCCUUACGGGCAUCGGGAGACAAGAGGAAAAAACAUACAACUUGGUAAUAAAAUCUGCUAAAAAAAGUGAUGAACUACGAAAGAAAACCCCAAUUAAAGAAGUUUUUGAGCGCGAAAUGUUUAUGUACAACAGUGUUUUUCCUGCAUUUCUAUCGCUGCAAAAAGAGAACGCCGUGGAGGAUUUAUUCAUGAAGUUCGCCAAAUGUUACAGUGUAUACAAGGAACCGCAACGGGAAGCUAUUCUUUUACAAAAUCUUAAGCACUUAGGGUACGAGAUCCAUGAUAGAACAAAACCUCAAAAUUUGGAUCAUGCCCUCUGUGUGUUUACCAACUAUGGAAAAUUUCAUGCUCUGUCUUUAGCGAUGAAAAAGCAACAUCCAGAGCUAUACAGUAAAUUAACCAAAGACAUGUCAGACUUGCUAUUGAACUUCAUUAUUCAAGCUAAUAUGCUUGAUAAUAUGACAGAUACAUAUAAAGCUGCUUUAGAGAAACUAAAAAAAGACGAUGAGAAAGCUUAUAAAAAGCUUGCAAAUGUGGAUCAAGAUAUGAUUAAGAUGAAUUUAACCAAAAUCCGUGAUCCAAAAGAUGGCUUGUCAGUGAUUUUGCAUGGAGAUUGUUGGAAUAAUAAUAUGAUGUUUAAAUAUCAGGAUGCCUCCAAGAAAAAACCAACCGAUAUGGUAUUUCUCGACUUCCAACUUUCCACCGUGGGAUCUCCAAUCUACGAUCUUUCUUACUACCUUUACUCCAUAGCAGACGAAAAUCUUCUCAAAUACCAUGACUUACUCCUGCAGACUUACCAUCGAUCAUUAGUGAGUUUUCUAAGAGAACUUAAAGAAGAAUCUAUAAAUAUUUCCCUAGAAGAUAUUAAAAGACAUUGGAUCGAAUAUGGUAAAUUUGGUUUGACUAUGGCAGCCCUCAUAGUAAAGGUGGAACUGUCUGAAGUUGACGAAGUUGUGGAUAUUGCUGAAGUUGCUGAAGCUGGUGAUUUAAAUGAUACAUUUAAUGUAGAAAUUAAAAAUAUGGAUGAUUAUGACAGUAGAAUGAAAGCUGGUUUUAGGCAUUAUGCGUCUUUAGUGUAAAAUCUUAACAGUAGGUUAUUGAUUUAAGUUACGAAGUUAUAAAUUGUACCUAAGUAGUAAGGCCGAAUUAUUAACAGUUCUUAUAAAUAAAAAUAUUAUUUAACAUUUAUUAUAAACAUUAUUCAUUUAUUAUAUUCAUACAAAAUAUUUUUUAUUAUUUGACUUAUUUUAAAUACAAAGAGUUAAUAAGUCUCCUAGCACAAGAACAUUGAAAACUGUAAGAAAAUACAUUAACAAAAAUGUACAACAAAAUUAUCUAUUCACAAAAUUUUAACAAUUAAGUACAAACAUGUUAAUUAAUAGAUUAAAAGAUAAAUUAAGCAUAGGGAUUUGGAUCCUGAAUAUUUCUAUAAACCGUGUUGUCAAUAUGGACCCGGCUUUUAAACCUUUCAGGCAGCUCAUUCCAGAUUUCUUCACGAAGAUUAUCUUAAAUAAAAACCUCAUUAGUA